GCCAGUCGUCGGAGCAGACGGGAGUUUCUCCUCGGGGUCGGAGCAGGAGGCACGCGGAGUGUGAGGCCACGCAUGAGCGGACGCUAACCCCCACCCCAGCCGCAAAGAGUCUACAUGUCUAGGGUCUAGACAUGUUCAGCUUUGUGGACCUCCGGCUCCUGCUCCUCUUAGCGGCCACCGCCCUCCUGACGCACGGCCAAGAGGAGGGCCAAGAAGAAGAAGACAUCCCACCAGUCACCUGCGUACAGAACGGCCUCAGGUACUAUGACCGAGAUGUUUGGAAACCCGAGGCCUGCCGGAUCUGUGUCUGCGACAACGGCAACGUGUUGUGCGAUGACGUGAUCUGCGACGAAACCAAGAACUGCCCCGGCGCUCAUGUCCCCCCGGGCGAGUGCUGCCCCGUCUGCCCCGACGGCGAGGCGUCACCUACCGGCCAAGAAACCACAGGAGUCGAGGGACCCAAAGGAGACACUGGCCCCCGAGGCCCAAGGGGACCUGCCGGCCCCCCCGGCCGCGACGGCAUCCCUGGACAGCCUGGACUUCCUGGACCCCCCGGCCCUCCCGGACCCCCCGGACCCCCUGGCCUCGGAGGAAACUUUGCUCCCCAAAUGUCUUACGGCUACGAUGAGAAGUCAACUGGAGGAAUCUCUGUGCCUGGCCCCAUGGGUCCUUCUGGUCCUCGUGGUCUCCCUGGUCCCCCUGGUGCACCUGGUCCCCAAGGUUUCCAAGGCCCCCCUGGUGAGCCCGGCGAGCCUGGAGCUUCAGGUCCCAUGGGUCCCCGUGGUCCCCCUGGUCCCCCUGGCAAGAACGGAGAUGACGGUGAAGCUGGAAAGCCUGGUCGUCCUGGUGAGCGUGGGCCUCCUGGACCUCAGGGUGCCCGGGGAUUGCCUGGAACUGCUGGCCUUCCUGGAAUGAAGGGACACAGAGGUUUCAGUGGUUUGGAUGGUGCCAAGGGAGACGCUGGUCCUGCUGGUCCCAAGGGUGAGCCUGGUAGCCCCGGUGAAAAUGGAGCUCCUGGCCAGAUGGGUCCCCGUGGUCUGCCUGGUGAGAGAGGACGCCCCGGAGCCCCUGGCCCUGCUGGUGCUCGUGGAAAUGACGGUGCUACCGGUGCCGCCGGCCCCCCUGGUCCCACUGGCCCCGCUGGUCCUCCCGGCUUCCCUGGUGCUGUUGGUGCUAAGGGUGAAGCCGGUCCCCAAGGAGCCCGUGGCUCUGAAGGUCCCCAGGGUGUGCGUGGUGAGCCCGGCCCCCCCGGCCCUGCUGGUGCUGCUGGCCCUGCUGGAAACCCUGGUGCUGACGGACAGCCUGGUGCCAAAGGUGCCAACGGCGCUCCUGGGAUUGCUGGCGCUCCUGGCUUCCCUGGUGCCCGAGGCCCCUCUGGACCCCAGGGCCCCAGCGGCCCUCCCGGUCCCAAGGGUAACAGUGGCGAACCUGGUGCCCCCGGCAACAAAGGAGACACUGGCGCCAAGGGAGAGCCCGGCCCCACUGGUAUCCAAGGCCCCCCUGGCCCCGCUGGGGAAGAAGGAAAGCGAGGAGCCCGAGGUGAACCCGGCCCCACUGGCCUGCCCGGACCCCCUGGCGAGCGCGGCGGACCCGGUAGCCGUGGCUUCCCUGGCGCAGAUGGUGUGGCUGGUCCCAAGGGUCCCGCCGGUGAACGUGGUUCUCCUGGCCCUGCUGGCCCCAAAGGUUCUCCUGGUGAAGCUGGUCGCCCCGGUGAAGCUGGUCUGCCUGGUGCCAAGGGUCUGACUGGAAGCCCCGGCAGCCCCGGUCCGGAUGGCAAAACUGGUCCCCCUGGUCCCGCUGGUCAAGAUGGUCGCCCCGGACCCCCAGGCCCCCCCGGUGCCCGUGGUCAGGCUGGUGUGAUGGGAUUCCCCGGGCCUAAAGGUGCUGCUGGAGAGCCUGGCAAAGCAGGAGAACGAGGUGUCCCUGGGCCCCCUGGCGCUGUUGGUCCUGCUGGCAAAGAUGGAGAAGCUGGAGCUCAGGGACCCCCCGGCCCUGCCGGCCCCGCUGGUGAGAGAGGCGAACAGGGCCCUGCUGGCUCUCCCGGAUUCCAGGGUCUUCCUGGCCCCGCGGGUCCUCCCGGUGAAGCAGGCAAACCUGGCGAACAGGGUGUUCCUGGAGAUCUUGGUGCCCCCGGCCCCUCUGGAGCCAGAGGCGAGAGAGGUUUCCCUGGUGAACGCGGUGUGCAAGGUCCCCCCGGUCCUGCUGGUCCUCGGGGAGCCAACGGUGCCCCUGGCAAUGAUGGUGCUAAGGGUGAUGCUGGUGCCCCCGGAGCCCCCGGUAGCCAGGGCGCUCCUGGCCUUCAGGGAAUGCCUGGUGAACGAGGUGCAGCUGGCCUUCCUGGCCCUAAGGGUGACAGAGGCGAUGCCGGUCCCAAAGGUGCUGAUGGUUCUCCUGGCAAAGAUGGUGUCCGUGGCCUGACUGGCCCCAUUGGUCCUCCUGGCCCCGCUGGUGCCCCCGGUGACAAGGGUGAAGCUGGUCCCAGCGGCCCCGCUGGUCCCACUGGAGCUCGUGGCGCCCCCGGAGACCGUGGUGAGCCUGGUCCCCCCGGCCCUGCUGGCUUCGCUGGCCCCCCUGGUGCUGAUGGCCAACCUGGUGCUAAAGGCGAGCCCGGAGACGCUGGUGCUAAAGGCGAUGCUGGUCCCCCUGGUCCCGCUGGCCCCACUGGACCCCCCGGCCCCAUCGGCAACGUUGGUGCUCCUGGACCCAAAGGUGCUCGAGGCAGUGCCGGUCCCCCUGGUGCUACUGGUUUCCCUGGUGCUGCUGGCCGAGUCGGUCCUCCCGGCCCCUCUGGAAACGCUGGACCCCCUGGCCCUCCUGGCCCUGUCGGCAAAGAAGGCGGCAAAGGCCCCCGCGGUGAGACUGGCCCCGCUGGGCGUCCCGGGGAAGUCGGUCCCCCUGGUCCCCCCGGCCCUGCCGGUGAGAAAGGAUCUCCUGGUGCUGACGGACCUGCUGGUGCUCCCGGCACUCCCGGACCUCAAGGCAUUGCUGGACAGCGUGGCGUGGUUGGCCUGCCCGGUCAGCGAGGAGAAAGAGGCUUCCCUGGUCUUCCCGGCCCCUCUGGUGAACCUGGAAAACAAGGUCCUUCUGGACCAAGUGGUGAACGUGGCCCCCCUGGUCCCAUGGGCCCCCCUGGAUUGGCUGGACCCCCUGGCGAGUCUGGACGUGAGGGAUCUCCUGGUGCUGAAGGCUCCCCUGGACGAGAUGGUUCUCCCGGCCCCAAGGGUGACCGUGGUGAGACCGGCCCUGCUGGCCCCCCUGGUGCUCCUGGCGCUCCUGGUGCCCCUGGUCCCGUCGGCCCCGCUGGCAAGAAUGGCGACCGCGGUGAGACUGGUCCCGCUGGUCCCGCCGGCCCCAUCGGCCCCGUCGGUGCUCGUGGUCCCGCUGGACCCCAAGGCCCCCGUGGUGACAAGGGUGAGACAGGCGAACAGGGUGACAGAGGCAUAAAGGGUCACCGUGGCUUCUCCGGUCUCCAGGGUCCCCCUGGCCCUCCCGGCUCUCCUGGUGAACAAGGUCCUUCCGGAGCUUCUGGUCCUGCUGGUCCCCGAGGUCCCCCCGGCGCUGCUGGCUCUCCUGGCAAAGAUGGACUCAACGGUCUCCCAGGCCCCAUCGGCCCCCCUGGUCCUCGUGGUCGCACUGGUGACGCUGGCCCUGUUGGUCCCCCCGGCCCUCCUGGACCCCCUGGUCCUCCCGGUCCUCCCAGCGGUGGUUUCGACUUCAGCUUCCUGCCCCAGCCACCUCAAGAGAAGGCUCACGAUGGCGGCCGCUACUACCGGGCCGAUGAUGCCAACGUGGUCCGUGACCGUGACCUCGAGGUGGACACCACCCUCAAGAGCCUGAGCCAGCAGAUCGAGAACAUCCGGAGCCCCGAAGGCAGCCGCAAGAACCCUGCCCGCACCUGCCGUGACCUCAAGAUGUGCCACUCCGACUGGAAGAGCGGAGAAUACUGGAUCGAUCCCAACCAAGGCUGCAACCUGGAUGCCAUCAAGGUCUUCUGCAACAUGGAGACAGGUGAGACCUGCGUGUACCCCACUCAGCCCCACGUGGCCCAGAAGAACUGGUACAUCAGCAAGAACCCCAAGGACAAGAGGCACGUCUGGUAUGGCGAGAGCAUGACCGACGGAUUCCAGUUCGAGUAUGGUGGCCAGGGCUCCGAUCCCGCCGAUGUGGCCAUCCAGCUGACGUUCCUGCGCCUGAUGUCCACCGAGGCGUCCCAGAACAUCACCUACCACUGCAAGAACAGCGUGGCCUACAUGGACCAGCAGACUGGCAACCUCAAGAAGGCCCUGCUCCUCCAGGGCUCCAACGAGAUCGAGAUCCGGGCCGAGGGCAACAGCCGCUUCACCUACAGCGUCACCUACGACGGCUGCACGAGUCACACCGGAAACUGGGGCAAGACAGUGAUCGAAUACAAAACCACCAAGACCUCCCGCUUGCCCAUCAUCGAUGUGGCCCCAUUGGACGUUGGCGCCCCAGACCAGGAAUUCGGCAUCGACAUUGGCCCUGCCUGCUUCCUGUAAACUCCCUCCCACCCAACCUGGCUCCCUCCCACCCAACCCACUCGCCCCUGACCCUGGAAACAGACAAACAACCCAAACUGAACCCCCAAAAAGCCAAAAAAUGGGAGACAAUUUCACAUGGACUUUGGAAAAUAUUUUUUUCCUUUGCAUUCAUCUCUCCAACUUAGUUUUUAUCUUUGACCAACCGAACAUGACCAAAAACCAAAAAGCACAUUCAACCUUACCAAAAAAAAAAAAAAAAAAAAAAGAAUAAAUAAAUAA